AGAGCGCAAACAGAAGCGAGUUCACUCUUCUCACUUGUUGCCCGCUUUUCCGGAGGACCUCCGAUUCCAGGCGGUCUCUGUAAUUGCCGACGUUUAGGUUCUUUUUUCCGGCGGGAUGAGGACGUUGAAGUACUGUCUCCUCAUCGCCACAUCCGCCGGGUUUUUCGCGACUCUCAUUUACAUCUCCGGCGUCUCAACGUUCGAUCAGAAGUUUGCACUCUCGGAUGCGGACAUCCAGGCACUCGGAUCUCUCCAGCGUGAUUUCGAGAAGUGUGUUAGUGCAAAUGGACUAGGGUUGCGAGCUCUAAAAAAGGACCAUUGCCAAGUCGUUAUGCAAUUUCCUCAUGAUACUUUGCCCAAGUGGAGAGAUCCCAAAUCCGGAGAGCUUGAAGGUUUAUCAUAUGAGUUCAACCUUUGUGAAGCGUUAGCAACAUGGGAACAGGUGCGCAAUAGCACCACUAUACUCACCAAGGAAUUUAUUGACAAUUUUCCAAAUGGAUGGGAGGAGUAUGCAUGGCGCCGAAUCAACAAAGGAAUCCUUUUAAACAAAUGUGAAAAUAAAACAUUAUGCAUGGAAAAGUUGGCCCUGGUGCUUCCAGAUAUACCACCUUUUAUACCCCGGCAGUUUGGCCGUUGUGCUGUUAUUGGUAACUCAGGUGAUCUACUUCAGACAAGUUUUGGAGAAGAGAUUGAUGGUUAUGAUGCUGUUGUUCGUGAGAAUGGAGCUCCAAUCGAGAAUUAUACAAAAUAUGUAGGCAAUAAAAGAACAUUUCGACUUCUGAACCGUGGAUCAGCGAAGGCACUUGACAAAGUUGCAGAAUUAGAUGGGACUGGGAAGGAAGUUUUGAUCAUUAAAACUACAAUCCAUGAUGUCAUGAGUAAAAUGAUUCGGGAGGUUCCUAUUCAAAAUCCUGUGUAUUUGAUGUUGGGUGCUUCGUUUGGUUCAUCUGCUAAAGGAACGGGUCUUAAAGCACUGGAAUUCGCUCUUUCUGUAUGCGAUUCUGUGGACAUGUAUGGUUUUACGGUUGAUCCAGGAUAUAAGGAGUGGACUAGAUACUUUUCGGAGUCCAGACAAGGGCAUACUCCAUUACAGGGAAGAGCUUACUAUCAAAUGAUGGAGUGCCUAGGACUUGUUAAAAUUCACUCUCCAAUGAGGGCAGACUUCAACCGUGUAGUUCAUUGGGUUCCUAGCCGAGAUGCAGUUUAUGCUGCAAGAAUCGCUUCAGAGAAAAUGUUGGGGAAUUGGGGAGCCGGCACAGGGGAUCCCCUUGCUUCAUGUUCAAUCAUCGGAAGGUCCAGCAAGAGGGCGACAGUUUCUGGAUUGAGACGGCCAGCAGCGGAGCAUCAGAAGUUUGUGAAAGGCGCAACAUUGUACCCAUUGGAACACAAAGAUGGACAUGGGAUGCUUUGCUUGAUUCCCGAAGUCACUGACCUUGUUAUUACUGAUACGUAGAAUGCUGUUAAGUAGUCACUGAUCUUGGACACAAUACUAAGAAUGCACAAGCACUUGCGUCAUCCCUGAUAUCGGGGAGACCUUGAAUUUUUGCAUGGGGGAAGGUGUUGUAAUUUCUCAUUCAUUCUGUACAAAUUAAGGAGGCAGUUCAUUCUUUUUCUCGCACAUGAUUCUUCAAAUGUUUCGACGAUACAUCGUAUGAUGCUGCUAUAAACUGCUUUCUCGCA